AGAGAUUUUUUUGUACAAGAACAUUGGGUAGAAAUGAUUGCUAAGACCAGUUCAAGAUUUAUGGUUAUUAGGAUGACGGACCAGGAUUUUCUAAACUUGGAUACACUUCAGCAAUUCUAUAAAGAUAAUGUCCCAGGAAUACGUGCUAUGCAGUGGCUGCAAUUUGAAAAAGAUCAUCCGCACACAUUGUUUUUUAAAAACACCGUAGGAAAUGACACUGCGUUUGAAACUUACAGCAUGAAAUCCAAUCGUCGAGGAAAGCCUCCAGUUUUAAACAAUCUAUCUUGUGAAACUAAAAAGCCAUUAUUAAAACAUGCAAAGUAUGCAAAUCUUAUGGAACUACUGCAAUUUGUUCCACCCAUUCAUCAUGAUUUCUACCUAAAUUUGCCCCACCAAGAUCGAAAUGGACAACAAAAUACAGUUCAAGACACUCCUAAUGACGUUGAGGAAAAUCUCGAUGAACCAGAUACAAUUUUUGACUUUAUUUAA